AUGGUGUCUACGCAUGAUCAAACAAUCCCAGCAGUACCUUAUAUCCUUCAGCUACCGAAGGAGCUUCUUCUCGAAAUCUUUGACUGGCUUGUCGACGUCAACCCUCCUUGUCAUGAGCGGGGCCGUACUUGGAACGGCACUUUCUGGGCAGUAGCGUUAGCCUGCAGACGGUUCUAUGCCACAGCCACGCCAUAUCUCUAUCGCAGCAUGCAAUUCGGAGGCGCUAAGAUAGAGCAUGGAUUUUACCCGAUAGGCGAUCCAGUCAUCUGCCUAUUCAAUACGUUGAAAAGCAGACCGGACUUGCGCCGACACUGCAGGCACCUGAUUCUCCAUCACAUGCCGCUUCUCAAAACACGAAUGGCUGGCGAGAUCUUUACUCUCCUCACCAACGUUAGAACGCUUGAACUCGGUGGCGAUACCUUUUCGCGACUCUGGCCGCAUCUCAUAUUCCACAUAUCGUCAAUCCCACUGCAAAGCCUCAAGUUGAGCCAACCGCAGAUAUCGGGUGAAUUAGCACUCCUUGUCAGAAGAUUCCCUCCGGCACUUACGAGUCUCACCUUGUCCGGUUAUUGGAGGACACAAGCAGACCUGUUUCUUAAGUAUGCAGAGAAGAGAUGCGACACUGUCACUUCUCUAAAGCUCCUCAAUUCCGAGCUUUUUCAUUGUGGAGUUUUCGAGGCCUUGGUGAUGAUGUUCCCGAAACUAGAACACUUCACCCUCGAAAUGGCGGCCCAAUUCCCGCCUUGUCGACACCUUGAGCCGCCGGCGUUGACCCGCGUAUUGAGGAAGUGCCGUGAUUCAUUGAAAAGCCUCACCUUGCGACCACUCGACUUCCCACGCGGGGCAUGGAACAUGGCCACGUUCAACUUUCCGAACUUGGAAACACUCCAAAUUCCGGGGCAUAUGCUCACCGGCGGUUGUGGAGAUUUCAGGGACACGGCCGAUAUGAUUGUAUGUCCAAAGCUGCGCCGCCUGGUCCUGGAGUACUUCUACGGAGAUACGUUUGCCAACACAAGCGCGGACCUCGGAAAGCCGGACGUGCAAUGGCUCUACGAAUUCGCGGAGCACAGCUAUAUGCAACGCCCGGCCUUGCAGGAAAUAAAGGUGCAGUUUGACAAUAAGAUUUAUAUGUGUCCUGGAGACCGGUAUUAUCUGUAUCCCUGGGUGAUGCUCAAUAACCUGCAACGGGAGAUAAGCCGCUUCGGAAUAAAGCUCACUUACGACGAGCCUGAGAACCCGUGGGAUGGUUUUAGAUUCCCAUAUCAUGCGAGGGCCGAAAUGUGGCCGUGUCCCCUUCACCCCUACAGUUUUAGGCGCCUUAGUCAGGAGCGAGCACCGCCUGAUGAUGUCCCGAAGUCAACGUUCGCCACGGAGAUAUCCUGGACCACAUAA